UAACGUUAGCUUAAACCUUUUUUUAGCUAUUCAUGGGUCUCUUUGACAAACGUUUCCGUCUGUGCCAACGGGCAAUAAAAACCCCAUUUGUCUCCCGAAUGAAGGUCGACGGUGAAUCGUUGUUAGCAGACAGGAGGGGGGGUGGUGUAUGUUUGACGAAGCUUCAAAAAGUCCGUGGGGAAGUUCCGUGGGAAAUCCCCCCACAUGCGAGAAUAUUAUUCUGCGCCACAGCCCUCGACGCGAAUCGACCCUCCCCGGUCCAUUCCUGAGGUCACGUCGCUGCAGACAGAGGUGUCAAAUGCUGGAUUACUAAAAGAAAAGAAAAUAAAAGAAGAAAAAAAAAAAGACCCAACAGCCUGUCAACAUCCACGGAGCCCACGAUGGAUAACGCCGCCGCCGCCACGGACCCGGAUAACGACGCGAAGCUCCGCAGCUGCGGCACGCUGAACACUCUGUUCCACGAGUCGCGGCAGGAGGUCGAGCUCCUGAACAAACAGAUCCACGUCAAGGACAACAUCAUCGGCGACCUGAAAGUCCGGCUGGGGAGACACGAGAAGAUCUACGUGUCCGUGGGGGACAACGAGUCCGUGGUGAUCGGGCCGUCCAAGUCGCUGCUGGAGAGCCUGUGUAAAGAAAUAUGCAAACUGAAGCAGAGGAGAAACGACGUGGAGUUCAAAGCGUCUCGGCAAGCGGAGGAGAUCCAGAGGCUGACCCUGCAGCUGGGGGAGAAGGAGCUGGAGCUGGAGGUCGUCCGGUGCCAGCCGGACCACCAGAAGGACCGCGAGGUCCACCGGCUGCGCGCGGCCCUGGAGGAGAGGGAGCGCGCCGAGGCCGCCAGGGCCGUGCUCUGCACGUCCCUGGCGGAGGAGGCGGACCAGCUGCGCGGCCAGCUCGGCGCCACGGUGAAGGUGUGCCAGGAGCUGCUGGCCAGGCUGGAGAAAGAUGAGAAGGGGGGAGGAGAGGCGGAGGAUGUGGCUCCGCAGCAAAGGUCUAAAGAGGUGACCGAGCCCUCUGACGUGAGUCGCGUCAACGCCCGAAUCCGACACCUUGAAGAGGAGAAUGAGCAGCUGAAGCAGCGAGUGGCCUACGUCCAAAGUCUGAAUUGUCAGUGGCAGAAGUACGACUCCAGCAGGGAGGACUAUAUCCGAGGCUUGUGUCAGAGGCUGAAGGAGACCUCCGGGCAGGGCUUGACGCCGGGACAUGGCCCCAUGAGCAGCGCUUUGCUCCAGCAGGAGAUUUCCAGGCUCAAUGGCUUACUCGAGGAGAAGAUGAGCGAGUGUGCGCGGCUGAGUAGAGACGUGGCGGAGAUGAGGAGGCACAACAAAGAGCGCAUCCAGACUCUGCAGCAGCAGGUCCUCAUCUACGCAGACGACUUCAAGUCGGAGCGUGCCGAUCGAGAGCGAGCGCAGGGCCAGAUCCAAGACCUGAAGGAGCAGAUUCAUCAGCUGAAGCAGCAGCAGCAGCCGCCGCACAAGCAGCCCGGAGCGAGCAGAGAAGUGGCUCCCAUGUGUCGCGUGCACAUAGGGCACCGGAUCGCCUCGCGCCGACGCAAGGAAUCGCCCGAGCCCCUGCUGAGGACUGCGCCCGAGUUGCUGCAGCAGCAGCAGCAGCAGCAACAACAACAACAACAACAGCAGCAGCAACAGCCAUCCGCCGGCGCCGGGCCCCUCGUCGCCGCCACACUGAGCCCCGCGUGGAGCGAGCGCCCGGGCCUGUCGGAACUACAGUGCCCGCGGUGCCUCGCCACGUUCAAGGACACGGACGCGGCAGAGUACCUGAACCAUUGCGAAGACUGUGCCAGAAUAUGAACAGGAGUGGCACGGGGGGAGGGGGGGGAACGCUUGCCGCUCACCGCUCGAUGACACUACGCGGCAGAAAAUAACCUGCGUGGAGUUUCCGGUCCGUGUGGACUUGACUACAAAUGAAAGGACUGACUUGAGGUAGCAGCCAAAGUUCCCCCCCCCCCCCCCCCCCUCCUCCCCGCUGCAGGCGAGAUGAGUGGACGAGGCUUUUCUGGGUCUGCAUGGAGAACCGUGUCCGGUUGUUGGUGUUCUUUCUGUGGCCGCGCCGGAGAUUGCCGUGGUGGGUUAAGUGGAUGUCAAUGCAAUAUAUCAUAUACCUCAAUGCGUCAGAUUGCAAACCUGUUGCACUUUCUUGACUUUUCGCCCCAAAACUGAAUUUGAGACAGUCGUGGCGCAUAAGCUUUGUAUUUGGGAUAAUGUGGUGCUAUAAGUUGUUUACUUUUGUUUUGAACUGUACAUAUUGUGUCCUGUAAAUUAUACAGUCUUAAGAGAUUAAGAGGUCUUGAAAGAUAUAACUAUAUUCAUAUUUAUUCAAGUUGCCUAUAUAUUUGGACACAGGAAAGCGUUUGAGUGCAAUGCAUAGAUGCCAUUUCUCCAACCAAAGCCAUGAAAUAUUUAUGUCCUGGUACACUUUAAGGAUGAAAAAUGGUAAGAGAUAACUGGAAAAAUGCAUUUUUUUUGUCCAUUUUCUUUUUUUUUGUGUAUGUAAAGAUUGCUUCUUAACUGACAAUGAUAUACUUAUUUUUGCAGACAUUUUUUGUAAUAAAAUAUUGUUCGCACACACACUUUCUCAUCAUUAUUUGCAGCGCUUUAAGGAUGCCACAUUAUC